AGGAAGGUGGAGUGUCCGGACCAGUUGGACGAAAGUGCCCUUAUGUGCACCCUCCUUGACAGCAUCAAGUCCGCUAUGGAGAACUCAACAGAGGUGCUUGUGCCGUCCACCCCAGACACCUGUCAUGGCGCGCCACACACCUAUCCCUGGGUUGCGGGUGUCUACAGUCGGCAGUGUUUCCUAUGCUAUGGCGUCCUGAUAUCGGGAGCCAAUUCAUCCUGGUGGGUGAUUGUGUCGGCUUCAUGUGGCAAAUACUUACGCCCUGAGAAUCUUACGGUAGUACUGGAAAAGCCAUCAGAACCCUAUCGAGUCCACUCGAGAGAAGACCAACCCAACCAACAAAAUGCCUCCGGUAACAUCCCGAUAGGCUUCAGUCUGCUUAAAAUCGAUCUGUCGUCAAGUAAUACCACGACUUUGCCAGCAACAAACGUUACGAGCAAUGUAACCACCUCACCGCUCUCCUCUCUUGACGGCUUUACCUUCUCGAGGAGCCCCAACGAGACGUCAGGGUCCAUCUGUGAACUGAUAACCCCAGUGCGGUGUCAACCCCCGGUAGAUGGCGAACGAUUUGCUCUGCAAGACGUGCAGCUCUCGGAUCUCUCUGUGUGUCAGCAGCGGUACCCUCAAUAUACCGGGUUCAAUACUUCUGGGCUUGUCUGUGUGCCGCAGGACAUCUGCCUUCAGCACAACCUCGGCGCAAUACUGGUCUGCAGGGGAAGUGCAAAUGACCCCAGCAAACGACUCGGUUUCGCUAUCCACGGAGCCGAUUGCGCCCAGGGUCAGCUACACUGGCCUGCCAUUAUCAGCACGACUACCGAGCAGACUAUUGCGUGGAUUGAAGUGGCCAUCGGCAACCGAACGCCAACACCC